GCCCUAACUGUGAUUGCAAAACUGAAAACAUCGCCAGCUGCACACGUUUCAGUGGCCCUGCAGGUCGCUACUGUGGUUCCGAGUUAAGUUGCCUUGGUGCACUUGCUAAUCAUAUAUAUCAACUUAAUAGUAAAGAAAACUUUUGUCACUUUGGCCCUUGUACUAAUGGCUGUGAAGUUGACAGGCCUAAUAGUAAAUGCAAAUAA